AGGAAGCAAAGAGCGGCUGAGAUUUUAGACGUCAAUGAACGCGCUGGUGUAAACGAGGCCGUCAUCGACCUGUGUCCGUAGAUAACCGCCAGACGCAGGUGCUAAGUUAACUGAAGCUGAAAAAAAUUAAAAGUUCAGCUCCUUAGUUGCACUGGCCGCAUGUCAAGGUCUCGGCAGCCACCACAGCGCGGAUUUGCAGCAUUUCCAUCAGGGCAGAAAGUUCUGUCGCCCUCCCUGGAGCGGGGGUUGGGCUUAGCCUUUGGGGUGGGAGGGUGAUCCUGGAAGACCUGCGAAGGAGGUGUCAUUUCAGCAGAGAUGCACGUUGUGGGGAAACCCGGGGAACACUUAUUCAUUCAACAAUCAAAGGCCUGCUUGGGGCAGCGAGCACUCUUGCUGAGCAGCAAAUGAAAGAUCAGGGGACAAGGAAACUACACGCACAGCAUAUCAGCAAGUCAUUAUGAGAAAACCUAGGCAGGGUAAAAAAUGAGGGGCAAUGGGCGGGAGGCUGUUUUAGGUAGGGUGAGGCCUCUGAAGAGCAGACAGACAUCUGAGCAGAGCCCUAAAUGGAGUGAGUUCCUAAGAGCCCAAACGACAGAGCAGACCAGCCGUGUGAAUGCCAGAGGCCACAGCUCGUGCCCAGGGAGGUGGAGCCAAGGAAGGGGAGAUGGAAGGGUGAGGCCUGGGGGGGCGAGUGGCAGCUGGGACUUUAGUGUCUACUCAGUGCUCGGGGCAUUGAAGAGUGAGUGGGUGUCAGGACCUUGCCUUCACUUUCAAAGGUCCAUGCUGGGUGCAGUUCUGAGGACAGACGGGAGAGGGCAACCUCGGAUGCAGGGAGUGGGAAUGUUGAGAAGCGACUGACCGCAGGGGUCUCUAGGAAGCAGAGCUGAUGAUGAGUUGGAUGCGGGGUGUGGCAGGGAUGAUACCUUCCUGGGACCCUACAGGAGUCCCGUCAUCCCGGGAAUCUCUCCCAGGCUGCCGCUACUUUGUGGCCCUCUCCAGUUCCCAGAGCAGCUUGUCUUUCUUCGUGCCUUGGUUUUCCUGAAGCACAUCAUCCAGUAACUUCCCAACAAAGAGCACACAGAAGGUAAAUGUCUCAAGCCUUCGCACACAUCUGAAAAUGUCUUUAUUCUUUGCUCCUGGCCGCUUCACACUGGAGCUAGAUGAACAAUUUUAAAUGGAAAUCAUUCUCACUCAGAAGGUGUAAGGUUCGCUCCUGUCUUUGGCACUGGCACUGCUGUUGUGAAGGCCAACGGUUCUCUGGGGAAAGUCUCAUCCCUUUCCAGGUGACUAGGCUUUUCUCCCUGGAUGUUUUCAGCAUCUUCUUCACGUCUGUGGUGUUGCCUAGGGUCAGCCACCCGUUCCCUGACCCUGCACUCUCUGUGCUCAUGGAGUCUUCGAAAUGAUGGACACCUUUGGGGACGCCUUCAUGGGUUAUCUCAUUACCACACACUGCGUGGCUUAAAAGAACAGAAACUUAUCUUAUCACAGUUCUGGAGACCAGACAUCUGAAAUCAAAUCAUCAUGCUCCCUCUGAAGGAUCUUCUUCAUCUCUUCCAGCUUCUGGGGCCUCCAGAUGUUUCUUGUGGCUGCUUCACUCCAAUCUCUGCCCCCAUCUCAUGUGGCCUCCUCCUCUGUGUUUUCUCAUCUUCUGUCUCUUAUGAGGACUCAUCAUUGGCUUUAGGGCCCACCUAGAUAAUUCAGGAUGAGCGCAUCUCAAGACCAUUGCUUACAUCUGCAAAGACUCUUUUCCACAUGUGGUCACAUUCACAGGUACUGGGGUUAGGACUUGAGCAUUUCUUUUUGGGAAGCAUCAUUCAACUCCCUACACAACUCAUACCCCAAAGGAAAUUAAGGUGGCUCCCAAUUGCAUUUCUAUUGCUUUACCCGGGCUUCACAUUCUGCACUGUGCAUGGAUGGGACGCUGGGGUCCAGUGCAGACCUGGUGACUUCCGGCCCCAGUCGGAUUCCCUGCAUGCUUCCAUGGCUUGGUGGAAACAUGAGUCCAUGUGUUCCUGUGAAAACCAUCACCUCCGUCUGCCUCUGAGCCAAGCAGACAAGGGCUGGCACCCAAUAGAGUGAUUUUCCAAAGAAACCGUUUGCAUCUGUUUAAGCUUGUCUCCUUGGGAAACUCGGACUCUCAGAGCCCAUGGGCUUCAAGGCAGAUGCCUUUCAUUAGGGUGACAGGAAGUACCUGACUCCCAGCCAGGGCUGAAGAAGGAAAACUGCUCCACUGGAUAGCUGGGGGAGUGGGGAUGAGGCUGACACAGGAGGCCAACUGUCAGGCGGGAGGCCACCAGAGCCUCCUCAUCUCUCAGAAUGGGCUGCUCGGGGAGGAAGACCCUAUCUUUCCUCCUUAUUUUUCUGCCCAUAUGUCUACACAGGGCUACAUCACAGGGAGCUGGCCCAGCCGGCCCCCAAAGAAAACCAUUUUUUGAGAAGCUUCGUAGACUAGAAGAGCAGUUUCAGAGCUUCCAAGAGGUGGCCUUAACACACCUGCAGGGCAUCGCCAGCAACUACAACUUGUCCUACAACAUGGACGUGUGGUUCCGGAGCCUGGAGGAAGACAGCCGGGCUAUGGCUCUGGCGAUCACCCAGUCACAGGCCACUGUGCAGAGGGACCUAGCUCACCUGAAGACCUGGAUGAGGAAGAUCCAGCACAGAAGCCGGAAAGUAGACAUGAUGUUGCAGGCCUUGGACCUUGCCCUGAGUGAGGAGGGUACACGGCAGGCCUGGGAGAGGAAGGAGCAGAAGGCAGAGAGGGAUGCCAUCUCGGGCCUGGUCCUGGCCAUGCGGGCCCUGCAGGACAUGCUGGCCCACUUGAUGGUCCUCGUCCACAGGCAGGGUGCCAGGCUGGAUGCUCUGGAUGGGCCGCUGCAGGCUGGAUGCUCUGGAUGGGCCAACUCUGGCACCACAGCCCCAGGGCCACCCCCAGCCCUGACCCCAGCCCAGCCUGAGUCACCAAGGCCAAGCUACCUGAAGCUGCAGAGGGACUGGCAGGUGCUCAGAGCUUCUCCUGAGCACAGGAAUCCCCCUCAGGACUUUGCUGCCUGUCUCCAAGGGACAUGGGAGCCCCCAGCCCCAGGCAGUCAUUGGGCACCUGGUGGGGCUGCUGCAGCCCUGAGAGAGCCACCUCAACAGGAACAGCUGCCCCAGAGACUAGGAGAGAUUUGCAGCGUGGGCCCUGUGCUUGUUUUCCCCAACACCUCCACUGAGAACAUGGUUGUCCUCAGCCCCGGUUUCCUCACAGCCCUAUGGGCCCUGUCCUUCUGCAGCUGGGUCCGCACGUCCUCUGGCCACCUGGGCACCCUCCUGUCCCACGCAACCGAGGAGAACGACAACAAGCUGGUGCUGCACGGCCGAGACUCGCUGGUCCCUGGCUCCAUGGACUUUGUGAUUGGAGACCCGGCCUUCAGGGAGCUGCCACUGCUGGACGACCAGUGGCACCAUGUCUGUGUCAUCUGGACAUCCAUCCAGGGCAGGUACUGGCUGCACUUAGACCGCAGGCUAGUGGCCACCGGCUCCCAUUUCCGGGAGGGCUAUGAGAUCCCCCCUGGAGGAUCCCUUGUGCUGGGCCAGGAGCAAGACCAUGUCGGGGGCGGGUUUGACAGCUCGGAAGCCUUUGUGGGGAGCAUUUCUGGCUUGGCCAUCUGGGACCGGGUGCUGGUCCCUGGGGAGGUCGCAAACCUGGCCACUGGGAAGGAGCUCCCAGCAGGCGCCAUCUUGAUGCUGAUGGAAGGUGCAUUACUGGGUGGAUUCGUGCACAGGGCCAAAUGCACCUUCCUGGAUCACUGUGCCUGAGGCCAUGCCCCAUGGGGGCUGUGGUCAUGCUCUGAGCCAGCAAGGGGAGCAAGCCCCACCCAUGCUCGCCACCCUGACCCAGCGCUUCCACAAGGCACCUGGCUGCCGUCCUGGCCGUGCACACCUGUUCACUAACGCCACGUUCACACUAGUGUCAUGUGGCAGGGGGUAGACAGGAAACACAGAGUGGAAGAAAGGGCCCACAGGAAGUUCAGGUCCACCGAGACAGCCUUCUUCCCAUCGCGGCGGUGUUCUUACGUGUGGCAUCUUCAAAGCCUCUGGUUGCCUUGUUCUCUAUAGCAUGAAGUUCUCUGUAGCAUGGUUUUUGUGUCUGGUUUUUCUCACUCUGCGUGAUGGUUUCCAGGCUCAAGCAUGUAGUAGCAUGUCAGUGCUCCACUCCUUUUUUAUGGCUGAAUGAUAUUCCAGUGCACGGAUGGAGCACAUUUUGUUUCUCUGUUCACCCGCUGAUGGACGUUUGUUUGGACUGUUUGCAGUUUUUGGUUAUCGUGAAUAAAGCUGCCAUGAGCACUGCCUCACAA